AUGGAGACUUAUGAGAAGGUCCAGUCUAAGAAGGCUAGCAAACACCAAAGACAGCAGACUCUGGGAGUUGCCAAACAACAACACCUGCCAGCCUCCCAUAGCUCCCUGGGGCCGAAACUUGUCCACGGCCCGACGGCCCUGAGGCCGCGACUGUCGGGUUUUCCCCGCGGAUCCUGCCCGCCCUUCCCUUCCCCCCGGGCGGCGCGGCGGUGUUGUUGUGGCGGGGCGGGCGGCCGGCUGCUGCGGAGCCCGCGGAGCCCUAGCGCCUGGACCCGCGCGCAGCUCGGCGGGCCCAACCGACCGGCCGACCGCCGCAGAUUUGAGUUCUGUGAACCUGCAUUUGUGGUUGGUAAUUGCCUCCAAAUAGCAUCUGACAGCCAUCAGUAUGAUCGAAUUUAUUGUGGAGCCGGAGUCCAGAAAGACCAUGAAAACUACACGAAAAUAUUAUUAAAAGUUGGAGGCAUUCUAGUCAUGCCUAUAGAGGAUCAGUUAACACAAAUUAUGCGAACUGGACAAAACACUUGGGAAAGUAAAAAUAUCCUUGCUGUUUCAUUUGCUCCGCUUGUUCAGCCAAGUAAGAAUGAUAAUGGCAGACCAGAUUCAGUGGGACUCCCCCCAUGUGCUGUCAGGAAUCUACAGGACUUGGCUCGUAUUUACAUUCGACGCACACUUAGAAACUUCAUAAAUGAUGAAAUGCAGGCCAAGGGGAUUCCUCAAAGAGUGCCACCAAAAAGGAAACGGAAGAGAGUUAAACAAAGAAUUAACACUUAUGUGUUUGUGGGUAAUCAGCUUAUUCCUCAGCCUCUAGACAGUGAGGAGGAUGAAAAAAUGGAAGAAGAUAACAAAGAAGAGGAAGAGAAAGAUCACAGUGAAGCCAUGAAGCCAGAGCAGCCUCCUCAAAAUUUACUGAGGGAAAAAAUCAUGAAGCUGCCCCUCCCUGAAUCUUUAAAAGCUUACUUGACAUAUUUUAGAGAAAAAUAACUUAGAUCGAGAAGAAAGAAUGCCUACUGAUAAUUCCUUCAGUCUUGAAAAUGUAGCAUUUGUUAGGAGUUAAAAGAGAAAAUUAUUACUUUCAGAGAGAAUUGUAGUGGAAAAAGUAUAACAUGUUUCUGUCUUAGUAAUAAAAAAUAAUGUAUUCAGUGAUUAAAAACAAUCCCUUUUAUAAAAUCUAUUUUUCUUUAAAUCUCGGAAAAAUGCUGUUUUGACUCUGAGUGAUUUCAAAGUGGAAUGCAGCAAUGAUCAAGACUUUAUGUACUGUAAAUCCUUUUCUGAUUCCUAAUAGAUUUGUAGUGGUGAGGGUUAAAUUUAAUUUUAUAUAAGGUUAAAUAAUGGUUAAGCAUAUAUAAUCUGAUUGGAAUUGCAGUUGUUUAAAUUUCUGCUAGGAAAACUUUCUUAUCUAAUAAGGAAAUCAAAUGCUUUGUAAACCUAUUUACCUUACUUUUGUUGCAAUCACAUUGCUGAGUUGCUGUAGAUGUAUUCCGGGCAAUAUAUGAGUGCAAUAACAAUAAAGAUAUUGAAUAAUUUAGCUUUAAAGAAGACAAAAAGUUUCAUGGAAUUCAACAGCCCUGCUACUUUGCUUUUGAAUCCAUUGCCAAAAUAUAUGAGGAAAAUAAGUGCUUCUCUCAUAGAGAUCUUAAGAGCACAUCAAGUGACUGUUAAAGUCUAUACUUAAUACAACUCUUAAUUUCUAUGAAUCCUUUACAUUUUCAGUAUUUAUAAAUAAUGAGGUUAUCUUACUCUCUGGAGUUUUAAAAGAUGAUAUAUUUAGGAUCAUUUUUUUCUAUAGUCCACUGUAUAAAGUACUUAGUUUUUAAAAGUCCACUAUUCUACGUUCCUUUUUUAAUAGCCCAGACCAUGAACGAAUAAGCAUGAGUGACCGUCCCCUCUUGGACAGCUCUUAGUAGCAGGGCCAGAGCAGAUUUGUUCAGCAGAUGCACUUUAGCAAAUGGAGCUUCCUUCAUCUGAAUAUUCAUGUUUGACAAGGUAGGGCUGAGCUAGCUGACAUUUGCUUUGGAAUUCAUCUUUUUAAUAUAAGAAAUAUUCAUAGAAAUUGUAUGUAGAUGCCUUUCGUGUUGAAGAUCCUGUUGAGAAUCAU